UAUGAAUGUAUUUAGGCUAUUUAUGUUUUUGUGGACAUCAGACUUAAGGCUAGGCGAAUGUAUAGGCCUACAUGUGUUUGUACCCCUGAAAUAUGAAGAUCUAUUAGAUCUGAAUGCGCUUCCUCGAAAACACGCCGAACGCGUGAAGCCGCGCCGAUCACGUGUUCAAGUGAACGCACCCGACGCUCAUGACGCCAUCGCGUUUGACCGACCGUUCCCCGGAUGAAGCCGAGUCGUUAUGACAACGACCGUCGCGCAACAAACGCUUGAAGAGUUUGACUCAUGGACGCCGGAGCGAGCACGUACCUCAUAAGACCGAAUUAUAAAGACAAGUUUAAGGCAGAGGUGGCGAAAGAGUGUAUUGGAGAAGUCCUGAGGGAGCAGCUGUAUGCAGUGCAGUAUGAUCCUGAGGAAGCUCCCGCAUUAUCCAGAGCUUUAGCAGACUGCAUUAAAAACAAGCUGCGAGAUGUGGGCUUUGACAGAUACAAGCUCAUCGUGCAGGUGGUCAUUGGAGAGCAGCGUGGAGAGGGAGUCAAGAUGGCUGCACGCUGCUUGUGGGAUGCAGAUACAGACAGCUUUGCUCAAGAUAUAUUUAUGAAUGACAGCUUGUUCUGUGUGGCUGCUGCGUUUGGUGUAUAUUAUUACUGAAGACACACAGGAGAUGUGCUGAGGACCAAACAUUUGUAGUUGAUUUUACAGAAUUUUUUGUGAUAUUAUAAUUUUUUUUAUAUCAAUCGCAUCCAUGUUUGUUUGUCUGAAUACCUCGCUGUAUGUUUUUUUUUCCCUACAUUA